AUGGAAGAGAUGAGCUGGACAGUUGUGCAAUUCCUGGAAGAUGGGACAGUCGAGGCAGUUCCAACUGGCUGGAUUCAAGGAGAUAAAUGUCAUUGGCCUUCCCUUCCCACAUUAAAGAUGCAAAAUGCAAUAAGAAAGGGAGAAACUCUAAACACCUGUUGGCCUUCUCACUCGAUAAAGAUUUUUAAAAAUGCCACCUUUGAUGAUUAUAUUAAAGCCCGAUCUAAGGCAAGAAUAGCAGAAGAUACCAGUGAUUUAAACACAGAGGAUGAACAUCAGAAAAAAAGAAAAAAGGUUCAGAAAAUAUUUUCAAGCAGUGAAGAUGAAUCAAGUAAUGAGAACCUGAUUGGAGCUCCACCGAAAAUUAAAAAAUAUGUUCAUAAAACACUGAUUAAGAGAAAUGGUAAAUGA